AUGUCGGCUCUGCAGACCUUCAUGCUGGUUGUCGACAAUGACAAAGAUGAAGCAAAGAGCAUCGCUACCUCCGUGGCCCAAGACGUGGAGAGCAAGAAGACCACUUUGAUCGAUAUUGUUCGACAGCUUGGUGAAUAUAUCAAUGACGAAGAUCCAAUCCUACGGGGAAAGGCGAUUUCCUUCCUCACCGCGGUGAUCAAGGCACUGCCGCCCCGCUUCCUAUCGAGACAACAGAUCCAAGUUCUGACGACAUUCUUUGGUGACCGAAUUGAGGAUGGCGGUGCGGUUGCAGGGCUGGACAGACUGCAGGGAUUGGAGCGGUUCAACAAGGAAUUGGCUAUCGAGACUGCUCAAGCCUUAUUCGGCAACUUCCAGGACCUCCAGUCUCGUUCCCAGACACAGCGGUUCCAAGUUUAUCAGUUGCUGAAUGAAUUGAUGUCGAGGCACCGUGAGGCUUUGCGUGAAAUGGGCGACGAUUCCCUUAUGGGGAUUGUGGAUCUCAUGACUGGAGAGAAGGAUCCGCGUAACCUGAUGAUGGUUUUCUCCAUAUUGAAGGUUGUUAUGAUGGAGUGGGAUAUUACAAACCAUGCCGAGCUCCUUUUCGACUCGGUGUACAAUUACUUCCCGAUCACUUUCCGACCUCCGCCAAACGAUCCAUAUGGAAUCACCGCACAAGAUUUGAAAGGCAGAUUGCAGGAUUGCAUUUCUGCAUCGAGACACUUUGCUCCGCAUGCUAUACCAUCAUUGCUGGACAAGCUGGAUUCUACGUCUCCGAAUGUUAAGAAAGAUGCGCUGAACGCAUUGAUUGCGUGUAUUCAUUCGUACGAUCCGGACACCGUAUCCCGAUACUCAAUCACCAUCUGGGAAGUUCUCAAGUUUGAAAUACUUAAUGCCCAAGAGGAAUUUCUGUCAGAAUCAUCUCUGGAGGCUCUUUCUGGAAUCGCACAGCGACUUUCUGAAGGAGUUACCGAAAUUACAUCGAAUCUGCCUCUUGCACAAUAUCUCCGCCCUAUCACCCAGGAGUGUAAUGAGCAAUUGCAAGAGCCUCAGCAGAAGCAGGCAAAGCCUGCCCAACAAAUCCUGAGCUCGCUAUCGUCGUCCUCUGUUGCAGCAUUCACACUAAUCGUACAGACUGUUGUUGCUCCAAUCCUUACUAUCUACCAAGAGGCGGAUGGAAUUGUUAAGCAACGGGCUCUCCUUGAGACGCUGGCUGUUCUGUUCCAAUCUGCAACCCAGGUCUUCGGACAGUGGACCACUCGCGGAGGCGAAGUUGCUCAAGUGAACCCCUUGGUCGAAUUCAAGGAUCAGUUUUCAGAUGUCUUAGGACAGGCUCUGAUGGGCUCUGCUAAAGAUGAGGUUUCUUUCCGUGUCACUGCUUUGAAGGGUUUCCUGCGACUUUCGACCUUGCGUGAUUUCUUCCAGGACAAUGAAACUGGGCUGUUCGUUCAAUACCUGGAUGAAAUUCUUCUCACAGAGGAGUCCGUUGGUCGGGAUGACCUGAAGAAAGAAGCCAUUGCAGCAUUGGCCGAAAUUUCCAAGCACAAACCUCGCUUGAUUAUGGAUAUCACUUUCCCUGCAUUUGUAGCCACACUUCCAGAUGAAGACGAUGGUACAAACUCAGCUUACUUGUCAACCUUGGAUACCCUGGCCCAGAUCAGCGUUGAGAGAGACAUCUUCGAAACUCUGUUCCGACGUCUCUUCAGCAAGCUAUCUAUCUUACUCCAAAAGGAGAAGCCUGGAUUUGCAGCCUACCCCCGAGCUAUCCUUGUGACUCUGCUUUAUGUCAUGCAGCAAAGGCAGAUGGAUGCUGAUCCAAAUGUGGACUUGUACUUUGAUAAGAUUGUUGUUGGCCUUUGCCAGAGCGUUGCAGAGUCAGCCUCAGGACAGGGAAAGAACCAUCUCCUCAAUGAUCCCACAAUCCUUGAUACCCUAGGCCGGCUUUGCAACCUUCUUGUACGAGCUGUUUCGGUUCAAAAACAAGAGCAAGCCGCCCGAAAUGUCUACAGUCUCUUCUCGACAGCAGGCUUUGUACCGGUCCCUUUCUCUGAAAAUGCCAGUGCUGAUCAAGAACGCACGAUUAUUAUUUCGACAUAUAUUCUCGCGGGCCUAUCAAAGGACUGCGCCAAUCUCAUUCCUAACACAUCUCCUGAUAUGUCAGGCCUGCUUUCAGAUCUAGUCAAGCGAUCCGUAUCUGACAACGCAGAGCCUGCCACGCACAUUGCCUUCUUGCAUCAUCUGGCAUUGCUUGUCAACAAAUUCCUGUCCAAACAGGAUUUGAAAAUUGCCGAGAAUCUCUUCGAUUCUCUUGUCUCACCCGAAGGCCAGACCUUUACUCCUGCUACGAUUCGUACCAUCUUCUGGCUAUCAAAGGCUCUCGUCCUUCGCCUUGCUCCAUCCACUACACAUAUCCUGACCUCGUUGAUGGGUCUUCUUUCUUCUCCCGACCAGCAAACUAGCCACUCCACUGCUCGCGGAUUUUCCAUUCUCUUAGGCGAUGAUGACGUCCUGUCCGCGACUAACGGUGCCACUAUCCGCCUGCUAUCCAAGCAGCGCGUCUUCACUACGGUCAUCCCCUUGAUCUCUUCUCGCAUCCGCGAUGUUAACAUCGCUGGCAAUGACGACUCUACCACCACUACAUCACCGGACCACAUCAAACCAGCCCACUUGACCGCCCUCGCGGGCAUUCUCUCCACGAUUUCCACGGCCCUCGUCAUGCCCGAACUUCCCACCUUACUUCCACUCCUCCUCCAAUCUCUUGACCUCCAAACAUCUGACUCUGUUGCUGUCCGCGCCGCAACUCUCGACACCCUCGCGGUUAUCAUCCGCGAUAACGGUGUCACCACGAUUGACAAGUGCGGCCACGUCCACAGUCUCGUCCAGAGACUCCUCAAAACAACAGUUGCCAGACCCGGCUCUGGUGUCGUAAACCCUCCCCGUCUCCGGGUCGAUUCACUCAAAUGCCUCUACCUACUCGCCACAAGACAGACUUCUGGCGAGUCAGGCUCUAAUGCCAAGAUUCCGCCUGCGAUCUCCCCGCUUCUUCCAGAAAAAGCACAAGUACUGCGUUCCUUGCGGGCUGUUUUGGAUGAUCCGAAGCGUGAUGUGCGGAAGGCGGCUGUCGAUGCGAGCAGUGCCUGGUUCCGGGGUGUGGAUGAUGUACCGGAAGAGGAUGACUGA